CGUACAUGAACCACAGGCAUUGCAUUGGCAUACAGCACACAUCAACAUUCGCAGAUAAAGCUGCAUACGGACAAAGACUAUCUCCAAGCAGAUGGCCACUUCCACUCCCGAGUCGACCCAGCCAGAAGGCGUAGUUGAUGCGGCGUCAACAGAUAACACCUCAACCGACACGAAGCUCGCACACACGCACAACAUCGAAGAUACAAACGACACGAAAGCAGGUACCAAUAGCUGUGUGACUAAGAUGGUGCCUGGGAUAGCUUUGCAACGCAAGUUCCGCCAUAUGUACCGCAAUGUGAACUGUUUGGCGCCAAUGGUGAGAGCCGGGACACUCCCGUUGCGCCUGCUGUGUCUGCGCCAAGGUGCCCAUCUCGUGUACUCGGAAGAGCUCAUUGACCACAGCCUGGUUCUGUGCACGCGCAAGGUGAAUGCCGAAUUUGACACCGUGGAGUAUGUCAUGCCGGGCACAGACAGUGUUAUCUUCAGCACGUGUGCGGAGGAGAAGAAGGCUGUGAUCCUGCAGCUGGGCACAGCCAACGCUGACCGAGCGGUCAAAGUAGCCAUCAUGAUGCAGAAUGACAUUGCGGGUGUGGAUGUGAAUAUGGGCUGCCCCAAACCCUACUCUGUGCUGGGCGGCAUGGGCGCUGCGCUUCUCUCUAAGCCAGACACAAUCAAAGAGCUGCUCACCAGUCUUGUUGCCGCGGUGAGUGUGCCCGUGACCUGCAAGAUCCGUAUCCUGGACACAGUUGAGCAGACGGUGGAACUCGUGAAGGUCAUCGAGGCCACAGGCGUUGCAGCCGUGGGCAUCCACGGACGCAGAAUACCGCAACGACCGCGUGAACAGGCAAAUUACGAACAUAUAAAAGCGGUACGUGCCGCUAUUGACAGUGACUUUCCCAUCAUAGCCAACGGCGGGUCUCUCGAUUAUGUCCACAACAGUCCGCAUUUAGUUGACUUCCGUGAGGCGAGUGGCUGUGAUUCGAUCAUGAUGGCACGCGCCGCCCAAUGGAACCCGGCGCUUUUCAAGGAUGGGCAGGUAAAACACGUUUGCAAACGGGAACUAUCGGAGCAGUAUCUAAAGAUCGCGAUGGAACACGGACAUGUGUUUGAGAAUGCCAAGUGGAAUGUGAUGAAUCUACUCCACUUUGACAAAGAUCCAAAGAGAGCCAGAGGUGUGUCGGCCGCACGAGGCUACCAGGAGAUCUGUACCGUGCUUGGCUGCGAAGCUGUCUACAAAUCCAUCCCUGCACACAAACUGGCCAAGAUAGGCAGGAAACGGCCCUUGGCAUUGAGUGCCGAGGAUGUACAGGAACACAAGGCCAAGAAACUUAAGGAGGGCAUCAUCGCAAGCGAAGAUUCCUAUGUGCGGAAGGAGUGGGCUAAGAAUCUCCGUCCGAAAUUGGUGGUGACUGAAUGGCUGCGAAAGAAUCAGCUUGCGCCUAUUGCUGUAACACACGUAGAGCAAGAGGGAAAGCGUGGCUUCCAGUCGGUUGUAACCGUGGAUGGUAAAAAGUACACAUCGCUGCGCUUCAGCUCAAACAAAAAGGAUGCAGAACAUGCCGCAUGCGUGGUUGCUAUAGAAGCACUUAAUAUCCCACAUGAGCGCUUAAGAAUUGAUACCAACCCGGAAGCUAGAACAAACGCAGUCAAAGGGGUUUCUGUUCCAUCUGUAGUUGAGGAGGCCGCAGAAAGUUGAUAAUAAA